GCGAAAUGCUAAACCGGAAAUAGAUGUUUUCUGGGACUUCAGGUGAUUUCCGGAAGCUCUGCGUUCGACCUCGCUGACUUACAGGAGAAAUGAAUCGAUCUCGGAAAAGUAAAUCGCCGUUUGAAUAAAAACAGCGGUAUUUUUUUCGCUGUUUACGAAGUUUAUGAAGUAUAAAGGCUGCGUUUACGUUGAGAUCAUAUUUUAACGCUUCUAACGGUGGAUAUGUCUACAAGAAAACUAGCAAAGAAAUUAGGAUUACUGAGAAAGCGAAGUCAGUCCACAUCUGCUUUAAAGAAAUCAGCAUUAUCAAAUCAGAUAUUUUCAUACCUGAUUGUGAUUGACUUUGAGUCUACUUGCUGGAGAGAGAAAAAUAACUAUGGACAGGAAAUCAUUGAAUUCCCUGCUGUCCUGCUGAACACAUCCUCUGGGGAGGUUGUGUCUGAGUUUCAUACUUACGUUCAACCUCAGGAACACCCUUUCCUGUCCGAGUUCUGCACUGAGCUUACUGGGAUAACACAGGCACAAGUAGAAGCCGGUGUCCCCCUUCAGAUUUGUCUCUCGCGGUUCAACCGCUGGGUGCAGAACCUGCAGCUGGAGAAGGGAGUGAUGUUUCCCAACAAACAGCAGCCAUGUUCUGCCUCAUCCCCCUCCAAGAAACUGUGCACUUUCCUCACAUGGUCAGACUGGGAUCUUGGAGUUUGUUUGCAGUACGAGUGUAAACGCAAACAGCUUCACAAACCAGACGUGCUCAACAGCUGGAUAGACCUGAGGAGCACAUACAGGCUCUUUUAUGGCCGGAAACCCAAAGGCCUGAACGGAGCACUUCAGGAUCUGGGGAUUCUGUUUUCCGGGAGAGAACAUUCUGGUUUAGACGACGCACGAAACACGGCUCGGCUGGCGGCCAGAAUGAUGAGAGAUGGAUGCGUGCUGAAGAUCACGCGAAGUCUGGAGAGGGCCCCACCGAUGGUCAAAUCCAUCUUCAGUAACAAGCCGCGUUCUGCAGGAAACAAGCAAGAAGAGGACAAGAAUGCCAAUGAGAAAGAAAAUUUGCUAACCACCAGCAAGUGGCCGUCAUCCUCCAACGUCCCUCUUAAAGCUGGUCAGAAACGUGCAUCUUCUGAGGAGGCCCCGAACUCGAGCGCAGGUCAAACGUAUCAAAGCCUGAUAUCAACAAAGACGGUGUUGAAUGUAACAGCGGCACCACUGCAGGGUCAAAGCGGCAAACCGGGGAUGGCACGGUUUGCGGCUCCUGCUCCUUUGUCCACACGUUUGCUAAACUGCAGCUCGGCACACAGCAGCAGCAGCAGCAGCAGCCACGUUCUGUGCUCCACCACUGUCGGCCGCCUGUCAGAUCUACCCGACGUCGUGAAAACGGCCCCCAUGGACGACGAGGAGGGAGAGCUCUCAGUAGAAACAGACGAGAGGUGCGGUUCUUACGACGACGUGUUGCUGCCGUCCGUUGAGCCUGAGACGGGAAGCGACACCAUCUCGUCUGUAGACGUCGGCUAUGUUUCAGACUACGACGGCAGAGAUCACGAGUGGGACGGCUCGCAUUCACCUGACGGUCCCCUAACUCUGCAACGGAAGAGAACGGAAAGCCUGAAAACGCUAAACGAUACAAGAGAUUCGUCAAUAACGUGUAAAUCUCUAAACUCGUUAAAUCCAAACGUUAAAGCCUUUAAUCGCACAAACGAAAAACUGCAGCAGUCAGCAGCCAAAGAGUCGGAUAGAUGUUUCGCUGUGCCUAAAGUUGUUGAUUGGAGCAAACUGAAUCCGUGCAAAACCGGACACUUACAGUUGGAAAGGUCUGAUAAAACCGAUCGAACAAAUAGUUUCUCUCUAGUUGGGCCAAAGGCCUUCCUGCCUGAAAAGACUUCAACUCCAAAUCCCUCCGCCAUGAGGCCCAAAGCAAACACUGCAAAAUGCAGAGAGCCUCUGAAGUUCUCCUUUACGGUUUAUACCGAUCCGAACGAAAGGACUGCAGAGUCUCCUCACCCACCCAGAAACAUCCUGUCCUCCGCACCGACCAACGCUCUCCUCUCUACAGCCAGGCGGGUCAGCGCGGCCCCGGCGGCCAAGGGGCCAAAGGUCACGUCCCCUCUGUGCGCCUGCGGUCGGCGUGCCAGGCGGCAGGUCGUGUCAAACGGCGGUCCCAACCACGGCCGGGGCUUUUACUGCUGUCCGGUCCGCCGCUCGGCUGACAGGGGCAGCUCGGGGAGAAGAGGCUGCGAGUUCUUUAAGUGGGAGUCGGCUGUCAUGAGGAGCAGUUCAGUGGCCCUUCCUGCCGCGGGGUCUUCUGUGUCGCUCUGUCAGGUCGGCUCGGCGCUUCCGUACCGGCCGCCGCACAGAAAAAGCUACUAAACGGGUCACUGUGCGGCUGGCGUUUUCCAAGCAAAGGAUGAGGAUUUUGGAUUCGCAAACGACAAAUUCUGAAGAAAGCAAUGGGGCUGCACAAUAUUAGGAAAAUACCUGUGAUGUUAGUUGCAAUUAACCAACACUUCAUCCACAUCAUCACUCGCCUUGAUCUUUAGCUGUUCUCUAGUUAAGAUCCAGGGUGCUAUGUAUGAAAAGGUAUCACAGCUUUUUUCCACAGUUAAAUGUUUCGAUCAAACAAAUCUUAAUAUCAGAAAAGGAUAACAUGAAUAGUUUUGAAAAGUAGAUUUCAAAUGUUUUUAACAAGGGUUCUCCAAACCAACCAGACCUCCCGUGAAAACGUAUUUACCCUCGUUUGGAAAGUUGAGUUCAAUUUCCCAAGCCACGUUGUAGUGCCGAACCCGGAGUAUCAGGAAAUCAUUUAAAUAGAACCUGUAUCACAACAUGAAGUAGGUGAAAUGAUCUCAAAAAAGCAACACGACGAUGCCCUGAUCCCGAGGAACUUUGAUGUGUAUCAGUCAGAAGAAGAUUUACGAAGCCUUUCUGGAGGCUCACGAUUAUUAACUAACCUGCAGAGCGGGACGCCGUGGCACCUGAAGUAAUAUUAGCGUACCAAAACACGUCUUUUGGGAUGUUAAUAUGGCACACAUUUUUAUUUUCUAAUGAUUUAAUAUGUUGUCCAGCUCUAGAAAGCAGUACGGAGAUGAAAAAAAUGAAUUGCAUAUAAAUAUUAUGUUUACUCUCUUUUAAGCAAUACUAAAAUUAAUUUAUUUUUAUUUUACUGAUAAUGUAAAGGUUGAAAUAACUAAUUAGAUGUCACAGGACAUUUUGCCAGAAUGUGUUAUUUUAAAGGGGACAUGCAAAAUCCACUUUUUUAGCCCUUAAAUACAUUUUGUUGUGUACUUGGAGCCUCUAGGAAUGCCGUACAGCUGAAUGUAGUCUGGGAGCUGCGUAGAUAUCUUUAUAUUCUUUUUGGGUCAUAUUUUUCAAGCCGUUCAAUUCUCUCUGUUUUCCAUUACGUCACAGUAUUUGCUGUGAAACUGCUAAACAAGGUCAUGGACUUCCAGCUUAGCGGUUUCGAAAAUGUGCCACUUUUAUUUCUUCUUCUGUCCAAGCUGAAGGAUGCAGAAGCAACAAGUGGAUAAGUCUCCAGAUGUUCAUUACACCGCCCACCAACAUACUACAAAAAUGGCCGAACGGAGCCAUCUUUGUCGUUUUCUUUUCAUAUAUUGUAUAUUUUAAAACUAUUACAAGCUGUUGUUGAUGAAUGUUUUUUCUACUAGAAAACAAAUGGGUAUAAAAAGAAAAAAGAAACUUCCACAUAAGAUAUUUUUGCUGUUGCAGCAACUAAUAGUUGUUUUGUCUGUCUUUUACUCAAAUAAAACCAUUUAUCUUC